CCAUUCCCGCCGGCAUCCUCCAGUCGCCCUUCUUCGACGACCAGCGCNUACUCGAUGAACUACGGCGCCAUUGGCAUUGUCAUCGGCCACGAGCUGACGCACGCCUUCGACAACAACGGAGCCCGGUACGACAAGGACGGCCACCUGAGGAAUUGGUGGUCACUGGAGACGCACGCCAAGUUCAAUGAGAAGUCAAAGUGCUUCGCCGACCAAUACAGUGCCCUGCUGGAGCCGGUCUCGGGGAAGAUGCUCAACGGAAACCGCACGCUGGGGGAGAACAUCGCCGACAAUGGCGGCAUCAGGAAGGCCUGGGAGGCCUACCGGGAGCACCAGAAGGCCACCGGAAAGCCCUCUCCGGUGCUGCCCAACCUGGCGCUGAACGCCGACCAGCUCUUCUUCGCCGCCCACGCCCACGUCUGGUGCGAGAAUGUGACGCCGGCGGAGGCGAAGGCCUCCAUUGGCUUCAGCGUCCACUCGCCCGGUCGCUUCCGCGUCAACACUGUCCUCGGAAAUACGCCCGCUUUUGCGGAGGCCUUCAAGUGUCCGCUGGGCUCAAAGAUGAACCCAGCCAAGAAGUGCUCGCUUUGGUAG